UUACUUUAUAAGAACCCGAGAAGGAAGUAAAGACGAUUUGUCUAAAUUUCCAAACAAGACCUCCGCAAUCUUCUCUUUUGUCACUAACAUUUAUAUUCCAUUUUCCUACGGCUCCCCGUAUCAUCUGUGAUUUCUCCAUGGAAGCGCUAGCAAGCUCCGUGAACAUUCCCAAGUUUCCAGACCCAUACUCUUCUUCUUUGUUCAGGAAGCCUACCAAUCGAACUGGGUUUCUUAGAAUCAACGACUAUAAUAACUUCGUUGGCCUUCGUGCUCUCUCCGGCGAAGCUGAAGAGGCCAAGCCAUCUGAUAAUAGGUUUGGAUUAUUUUCGGAAGAAGAUGUAUCUUUUGAAGAUGUCCCUUUCAGCGAGGACGAGCUAAAUUUCACUCAGAACGAUGAGAAGAAUGCAAAUGAGCUGCUAAAGAUGGAUGUGUCUCUUACGGUUCCAUCUGGUGGUGGAAGUGGAACUAGAGCUGGCCUUUUCAGAACACCAAUAUCUGGUGGUGUGCAGAGUGCAACCUCAGCACAUGGUCUACCUAGACCAGCCUUAGCUGUUCGCAAUCUCAUGGAACAGGCCAGAUUUGCUCAUUUGUGUACUGUGAUGUCUCGGAUGCACCACCGCAGGCAAGGAUAUCCAUUUGGUUCUUUAGUAGAUUUUGCAGCUGACUCCAUGGGCCAUCCAAUUUUUUCAUUUUCACCUCUGGCCAUCCAUACACGAAAUUUGUUGGCAGACCCAAGAUGCACUGUUGUUGUGCAGAUACCUGGAUGGAGUGGCUUGUCAAAUGCCAGAGUUACUAUUUUUGGUGAUAUAUACCCCCUUCCAGAGGAUCAACAGGAAUGGGCUCAUAAGCAAUACAUAGCGAAGCAUCAACAAGGACCUUCUCAACAGUGGGGAAACUUCUAUUACUUCAGGAUGCAAGAUAUCAGUGACAUUUAUUUUAUUGGAGGCUUUGGGACUGUUGCGUGGGUGGAUGUGAAGGAGUAUGAGACCCUUCAACCUGAUAAGAUUGCGGUUGACGGAGGUGAGCAAAACCUUAAGGAACUGAACGUGAUGUUCUCAAAGCCUUUGAAAGAGCUGCUGUCAGCUGAAAGUGAAGUUGACGAUGCCGCUUUAAUAUCAAUAGACAGCAAGGGAAUAGAUAUUCGAGUUCGGCAAGGAGCUCAGUUCAAUGUCCAAAGACUAUCUUUUGAAGGAGGGCAUGCCGUGGAAACACUUGAGGAAGCCAAGGUUGCACUUUGGAAGCUAAUAAACAAAGGUGGAGUAUGCAAUUUUAAAAAAUAAUUAGAUGGUUUAACUCAAUAAAAAAGGAUGUUUUUCCAUCUCUCAUCUCGAGGCUCACAACCUACUACGCCCAAUGGACGAUGCGCUGUGAAGUACUGAAAUCAUAUAGGCAAGGUAUUGUAGAAAGUCUGGAUCAAGAAUAAGCCAGUGAGUUCUGUUGAUUUGUUCUGUUUUUACUUCCCAUUUGGUGUUUAUUGCAUAAGUGAAUAUGACAUCCAAGUAGCUUGUUGAAAUUUUACUAGACGUGUUGAGGAAUAAUGUUAUAAUCUAAUUUAACUAUUCGAUUUUGGAAUA